AUGUCUGCGGUGACAAAACCUCCGGUCUUUGACCGUGAAACAACUCUGGCUGCCAUCCCCCUCCUGGCUGUUGCCGCCUACAAUUCCGUGGAGUUAUUCUACUGGAUCUUCAGCUUUUUUAGACGCUACCAUGGCUUUUACUUUUGGAGCCUCUUAGUGACCGCAUGGGGUAUCAUCGUAUUCGUCACAGCCGUGAUCCUUUCGGGGUUUGCGGGGCCCACCACAAGACCCGCAUUGGAGUCCUUCUCCCGCAAAUACGGGCACUUUGUUAUAGCCUGCUCGUGCGCACGCGAACUGCUCUUAUCAGGCGUCUAUCUCUGGGUUGCAUUCCGAAACCUCAAGCCUAUUCUGGACGCCAAAGGCCAGGAAGGCCGCCGAGUGAAACGCGAACUAAUGAUCAUCAACAUUUUUGUGCUCGUCUCGACUGUUUGUCUUCUGGCCCUGGAUAAUACAAAUCAUGAAGCAAUCAAGCAGGGUUACGGCUCCAUGGCGACAAGUGUUAAGCUGAAGAUGGAAUUUGCCGUUCUCAAUAAAUUGCGCCACGGUUCGGUUACCGACGACCUGUGCUUCUUAUGUCGUCGCAUCGAUUUUGAAUACGUUGGUUUCCACGACUCUCCUGAGUACUCUAGUAACCACUACUUCUUUCAAAGGGAAUUCCCAACUUUGCUGAGUAGCUCAAAGACCUGUGUUUUCUGCAGCAAGCUCGUCAGUAUUAUCACGGAUUGGUUUGCAGCGAAUCCAGGAGAUCGGACAAAUGGACUUGAUAUCUCCAGGGCUCAUGUAGUGGUGUCUUUAGAAACUGACUGGCAUACCGUGACUCGAGAGCAUGGCGACCUUGCCGAAGAAAAGGCACACUCGGAUCGGAUCCGGGUCACCUGCUCCAUUCCAUGGCUUGGUGCUGAUAAUGAAACUGAACAACCGCAACACUUAACAUUCUUUUUGCAGAGAUAUGAAGGACCGUCUGAUGAUACAAUCCAGAAUGCCGAUUCGAAAGUUGGUAUUUCUCCUAAAUUGCAGCCAUACACCGGACGCCAAAGACCCCUAGUAGCAGAUUUGGCUCUCUUCAAGCGAUGGAAAGAGACGUGCCAGGAGAUACAUGGGGCAAAAUGCUCUCAAAUCUUCAAAGGGACCCCGAAUAUCCGACCGCGGGUCAUCGACGUUGAGCGCAGGUGCUUAACCUUGGCAGAGGAAAAUGAUCAAUGGACCCUGCGUCUCCUGAAGGAGAAUAUCCAGGCCUUCUCACAGCCAGGCUCUCUUUCCCCAGAUGUUCUUCCUAACAUUACCGAGGACGCUCUGCAGGUUACCAAGGGACUUGGGGAGCGAUAUCUCUGGGUCGACAGUCUUUGCAUAAUACAAGAUGAUGACCAAGACAAAGCCAAGUUUAUCUCACGAAUGGACUCGAUCUACACUUUAGCCACAGUCGUUAUUAUCUCUUCGACCUGCACUGAUGCCAACACGCCCCUUCCCGGAGUCAAACCUGGCUCGCGACGUCAGCAGCAAGAGCCCUUUAAGAUUCGGGAUGUCACAUUAGUACAAUCUCUCGACCCCUCGCUCGGCGUCAAGGUCGAUCUUCGCACAAGCCGUGCCGCAGGGUAUCUAGGCGAGACUAUCUGGGACACGCGAGCCUGGACGUUACAAGAGAGGUUCCUCGCAUCCCGGUCUCUUAUUUUCACAGGCGAACAAGUCUUCUGGGAAUGUGAAGAGGCGUUCUGGUGCGAAGACAGCUUCCGCGAGCUCCCAAACAUAUCCCCAGAUCCGCAUCGAACAAGCUUGUGUGCGGGCGAGCUGAACCUCUCGUGGAACUCUGAUAUCGUUACCUUUGACCAUUUCUAUCGCGUCCUUCUCGAAGAUUACUCCGGUCGGGCAUUAUCAUUCGAUAGCGAUGGGUUGAAUGCUUUUCUUGGUAUUAUUGGAGCUUUGGAACGGUCUAUAGGCGAGACCUUUUUCUGGGGUAUGCCCACAGCGUUCCUUGAAUCUGCGCUUGCCUGGGGUCAUCGAAGUCAUGCAUUAAGAAGGAGGCACGGUGUGCAGACUUUAUCCCAAGCUCAGAGCCAGUUUCCCAGUUGGUCAUGGGUUGGCUGGACAAGCGAUGGACAGACUAAACUGGCGAAUCAAAACUUGACCAUGGAGGCUCUGGGUCUUAGAUUCUAUCGUGGUUCCGAAGACGGGUCUACAAUGAUAGAAAUGAAACAGAAUGCUAAGUUCAACAACGAAGUCGACCUACUCGUCGAAGGCUCCAAGCUCCCAGAUCGCUCAUCUAGACCUCACAAUGUCUCUAUGGCAGAGCUCCCAACGAAUCCAUCAAUCAGCCUUUCAUCCCUCCUCUGUUUCUGGUCCGCAUCCGCUCGUCUCACCGUGACAAGCCGCCACUCGGCUGUUGAUACAUCCGAAGAUCUCGAUUCAAACACCUGGGAAGCCACCCUGUCCCAAGGAUCCGAUAGCAUCAUCCAGGUAUCCUGGUCCCACAUCGCACCAUCGCUAAAGCCAGGAGAUACCGUUGAGCUUGUUGCCGUCGCGCAGAAUAGAGGCAGCUGGGAUGCCGGCCACAUUGACAACGGAGCUAUUGGAGCUAUGCUUAUCUCUUGGGAUGCAAAGGGUGGCAUCGCCACCCGGGAAGGGUUUGCGUGGAUUGCGAUUCGGGACUGGACCUCGUUGAGGGACCGGGAGUGGAAGUUAAUUGUGUUAGGGUAG